ACCCUCAGACCCUCCCAUAAAUGUCACCUCUGCACCCAAAAAAUUCUUGUUGCUUGCAGUAAUUCUUGAAUAGUGAACUCCCAAAAUGUCUGGUCUUCGAAAAGCCAAGAAAUACGAUUGGAAAGACUCCAAUUUGUCCCUCUUUGGAUCAGAUUUGGAGAAGAAUGUUAAGAAAGCGUCAGCGGAAGGAGAACCGGCAUGGGAGGGAGCUGGGACAAAAGUUGGCCUUCAAAUCUGGCGGAUUGUCAAGUUCAAGGUUACCCACUGGCCUAAAGAAGACUAUGGAAAAUUCUUCAGCGGUGACUCUUACAUCAUCCUGCACACCUACAAGAAAGACCCGGACAGUGAGGAACUUUCUUAUGACGUGCAUUUUUGGAUCGGUAAGCAAUCGAGCCAAGAUGAGUAUGGUACUGCAGCCUACAAGACAGUGGAGCUCGACACCUUUUUGAACGACAAGCCAGUGCAACAUCGUGAGGUCCAAGGUCACGAGUCAGACUUGUUCAAAAGUUACUUCGACACCAUUAUGAUCAUGAAGGGAGGUGCUGACACAGGAUUCAACAGGGUUAAACCCGAGGAGUACAAACCACGCCUUCUUCAAUUCAACAGGGUUGGGCGCACAGUUCAGUUGACGGAGAAAGCACUGAAGAGGUCAAGCAUGACUAAUGGUGAUGUGUUUGUCAUUGAUCUGGGUCUCACUGUAUAUCAGUGGAAUGGCACAGACGCCAACAAAGAUGAAAAAUACAAAGCGCAGAGCUUCAUUCAGGAGCUUGAGUCCGAGCGAAAGGGAAAAGUAAAGUCCGAUGUUCUUGACAACCAAACCGUGGAACAUUUGCAUCCUAAACUGGAGAAUAUCAUUCCUGUUGGAACACCGAAGAAGGACAAGGUGGAUGGGGGACCAAAACCACCGAUUGAGAAAGUUUUGAACAAACUAUCUGAUGCUACUGGCAGUCUUAAGUUCACUGAGGUCGCACGUGGUUCAGCAGUCAAAAAGAGUGCCCUGGACCCUAAGGACGUGUUUAUCCUCGAGACUGAUGGCCAUUGCUUUGUGUGGUGUGGAUCUGAAGCCAGCGUUGACGAGAGGAGAAGAUCUAUGGAAUUCGCUCAUAAAUAUCUGAUGAAGAGCGAUAACCCCUUCUCCCCGAUCACUUGUGUUAUUGAGGGCAAAGAGCCUGAUAACUUCCACAAGGCAUUUUAGGAACAGCAUGUCAUAAACAGAUUUAGCUAAGGUUGGAUAAAACAAGAAUCUAAGCCAAUACCAUAAUUUUGAUACUUAAAAUAAGCUUAACGUAAAUUUCUUUCAAUAAAAUCUACUUGAUACAAGUA